CCCGGCACAGCGACGGGUCCCGGCACAGCGACGGGUCCCAGCACAGCAACCGGUACCGACACAGGAAGCGGUCCAGGCACAGCGACGGGUCCAGGCACAGCGACAGGUCCCGGCACAGCGACGGGUCCAGGCACAGCGACGGGUCCCGGCACAGCGACGGGUCCAGGCACAGCAACCGGUACCAACACAGGAAGCGGUCCAGGCACAGCGACGGGUCCAGGCACAGCGACGGGUCCAGGCACAGCGACGGGUCCCAGCAGAGCAACCCAUACCGACACAGAAAGCGGUCCAGGCACAGCGACGGGUCUCAGCAAAGCAAACUGUACCAACACAGAAAGCGGGCCAGGCACAGCGACCAGAUGGGACACAACAAGCAGUCCAGGCACAGAGAUUUGUCUAAAAACGAUGACGAAAGUGUUCAAACGCCACUUUCAAGAUACACUGGGAGGUCUUUCUCAGAGCAGAGUAACAGGUCCUCUGCACAUGAAUCCAGUACAGGGUCUCGUAGGGAAACAGACUUAAGAUUUCCAAUGGCCAUGGCAAUGUUUCAGAAAAAAGUCUUAACUAAAUUGGUGGAUAUCCACAUGGAGGUCAGAAGGCUGGGAAAAAGCGAGCCUCCCCUGUCAUCUGCCCAUAUAGAGCUACUGGAGACAAUGGAGGAGUUUGACAGACAGGAGGAACGCCUGAAGGACAAGCAAGCUUUUGAGUCCCUGGUUUUGCAACUUGCAAGAAUUGGAGGGAAAGAUGUAAGGGAUUGUGUCCACAAAAUUCUUGACAGGCUCUUUACCAACCGGCUAAUGGCAAAAUUCGAUAUGAAGGGGAAGGGGAAGAAGCAGAAACUACCUCUGGAGAAGACUACAACUUUUGAAGCAAUUAAAGCUGCAGUCAUGCAAUGGGAUAAAGAAGCUACAGAGGCUACAAUCAAGCAUCAUGCAGCAGAACAUCUCAAACAUGCGCCGGGGAGGAAGGGAGGUGGAGGGCAUACAGGGGUGGAAAGUAACUAGAAA